AUGGCUGCACACAAAACGUUUAUUAUCAAGCGCAAGCUGGCUAAAGCUGCUAAACAAAAUCGACCGCUGCCGCAAUGGGUUCGAAUGAAAACUGGCAGUCGUAUACGCUAUAAUGCAAAACGUCGUCAUUGGCGCCGCACAAAACUGAAACUUUAAAUGAAUAGGGAGAAUAAAAGGGAAAAGAAAGGAAGGAGUCUUUUGGAGUGUUAAAGGAUUAAAAAUGUGUGUUAAAUUGUUAAAUGAUUUUUCUGAGUA